AUGCCAACAGGAAAUCAAGAAGCUAAAGAAAUAAAAUCAGCUAAAAUUAUUGCAGAAAAUAUACGAAAAUUUGUUUCAUUAGAAAUACUUUAUUAUACUAAUAAUGAUUUAAAAGACGAAGACUUUUAUUAUAUUCUUGAAGCUAUAGCCGAUCGAUCUCUUCUAAAAUUAUUCAUUAUUGACAACAAUAUAACCGAGGUGAGUGCAAUGCGUAUAGCAAAAUUAUUAACCGAAAGUCCUCAAGUAAUCAGUCUAAUCCGUUUAGAUAAAAAUCUAAUGGCUGCAAAAGGUGUAAAAUCGAUUAUUCAAGUAUUACCAUGA